AUUUUGGUCAGCGCCGCGCUGCAUUUCAGUGAAGAAGAAGAAGAGGAGGAAGUGAACAGAACAGAUCUUGGCCAGUACCACCACCGAAUCCGAUGGACGCUCCGGCGGUGGCCAAGAUCUCCAUCUCCGGCGCCGCCCUCGCCGCGCUCCUACACCGCUGCGCGGCCGCCAACGGCGACUGCGACGGCCUCCUAUUUGGCCGCGCCUCCCGCCUCCCCGCGCCGCCCCCCUCUCUCUCCGACUACGACGACCACGCCGCUGCCCCGCCCGCCCCCGCCCUGACCAUAUCCAUCUCCGGCCACUCCUCCGUCUCCCACCCCUCCUUCCUCUCCGACCCCCUCGGCCGCUUCCAGCCCCGCUCCGCCCCCGAACCCGUCGGUUUCUUCUCCUCCCGCCGCCGCACCCCACUCCGCCCCUCCAUGCGCGAGCUCGCCCUCGCCCACUCCCUCUCCAAAACCCUAGCCCCCACCCACCCCCUCCUCUUCCUCCUCGUCUCACCCUCCUUCUCCCCCGACCUCUCCACCCACUCCUACGACUACCGCGCCUUCCUCCUCACCGGCUCCCGCCUCGUCCCAGCCUCGCUCCACGUCGUCAACGUCGGCCCCGGCUUCCGGGACCAGUACCACUCCUUCUCCGCGGAGUCUGCCAUGCCCUGCCUGCCGCCGCAUCAGCCAUCGUCGCCGGCGGCUGGAGAACAGAAGGCGCUGGAUGAAAUGGUGGAUGGGUUUGGGAUCGGGAGGCUGCAAGGCGUCGUGGGCUCUGCGGCAGGGCAGGCAGCGGAGAUGGAUGACAUGUAUGCAGGGAUGCUUAGGAGGCUGGAGAAGCUCGCCAGGGAGGUGGAGAAGAGCAAUCUCCGUGUGCUCGAACAGGAGAACCGGAACCUGCUGCUGAGGUCCAGAUACGCGGGACUGGAAUAGGACCAAAGCGUUUUUUGGUCUUAGCAAGUGGCAUUUAGCUGCGCAAUAUGUCAGAGGGUUUCAAGUUGGGACUUCACUUGAGGUAUGCAUAGGAAGGGAUGGUGAGAGUCAACAAGAGCAUGCGUUUGUUUGGAAGAAGGUGCAUGGUGUGAGGAUUGGAUGAUAAGAGACGAUGAGUGCAACCAACUGUAUAGUGUAGGUGCAAGAUGAGAGAGACGAGGGUGGUAUGGAAGUGCAGCCAGCGGUCGUCGUGUUGUCUGGUAUGCGAUGGAGCAGGUUGCUUUGCUUUGCGUCAUCAUUUCAUCAUCCUUGUUGAACUCGAUCAGUCUGUAUUGGAAAAGAGCUUGCUACUCUUGUGCUGUUUUUUUUUUGUUUUUUUUUAUAAUCUCCCUUUGACAGAAGCAAGUUUUAACUUAAUUAUCCAGAAUAUGAUGAUGAUGACAAUGAUGUUUGAGAGGAGGAGAGGAGAGGUGAGGAGUCUAAUAAUAAUAAGUAUAAUGUGUCCAUUGUGAUGGUGAA